AUGCCAAGAGACUUUUUCACUUCUUCAAAAAUGAGACCCAUUUUGAUAGUAACAUUUUGUGUGUGGUGUGUGAUUGCCAUCACUUGUAAUGGUAAUGAAUAUGAAGAAGAAGGGUUUGUGGUUAGAAGGGAAAAUAGGAGGGUUUUGGUUUCCACCGAGAAUGGGGAGAUUGUAGCUGCUCGUGUGGGCUCUUCCUUUCUUGUUCAUUUCUUCACUAUGGAUCCCAAUUCACUCUUCCUUCCUGUUAUCCUCCAUUCCGAUAUGGCCUUCUAUGUCCACACAGGGAGUGGGAAGUUAUUCUGGACGGAGGAAAGUGAGGUUAAAAGGGCGGAUUUAAGGAGCGGAGAUGUUUACAGACUUAAAGCCGGAGCUGUUUUCUUCAUUGAGAGCAAUUUGGAGACGGAGACUCAGCGCCGCAAGCUUAGGAUUCAUUCCAUCUUCCCCAAUUCAAACAUACAUGAUAUGCAUGAGCCGCCAAGUGAGCCUUACUCGAGCAUCCGCGAUAUGGUUCUUGGCUUCGACAAGAAAGUGUUGCAAGCAGCUUUCAAGGUACGCGAUGAAGCAAUAGAAGAGUUAUUGAGAGGAAUGAAGCCGCCGGCAAUAAUCCAUGGAGUUUCCAAAAGUGAGAAAAGGACACGGGAGAUGGAGCGAAAAUUCCUAGGAAGCCUUCUCGGUAGCGACAUAUUCGAGUUGAGCAAGAGAAUGGGAAAGUCGAGUACAAAAUUGUUCAAUCUCUUCAAAGAGGAUAAAGAUUUCCAGAAUAGCAACGGCUGGAGCACCACAGUGACAGGGAAGAAGCUCUCUGCAUUGAAGGGCACCAACAUUGGUCUAUUCAUGGUGAACUUGACAGCGGGAUCCAUGAUGGGGCCGCACUGGAAUCCUGUGGCGACUGAGGUUUCCGUGGUCGUGCAAGGGCGGGGAAUGGUUCGUGUAGUAUGUCCGAGUGUUUUGAAUGGGAAGGGAUGCAGUGAGAUGAGGUUCGAGGUUGAAGAAGGUGACAUCUUUGUCGUGCCAAGGUUUUACCCAAUGGCUCAGAUGGCUUUCAACAACGAGACGUUCGUGUUCAUGGGAUUUAGUAGCUCUGCGAAGAAGAAUCAUCCUCAGUUUUUGGCAGGGCAGGCAUCAGUGCUACGGACCUUGAGUAAGGAUGUGUUGGCGACGUCGUUUAAUGUGGAGAAUAUGACAAUGGAUCAGCUGUUGGAUUCGCAACAGGAGUCGGUCAUCUUGGGGUGUGUUUCUUGUGCUGAGGAGGAGUUGAGGAUAUUGGAGGAGGAGAAAGAGAAAGAAAGAGAGAGGGAGGAAGGGGAGAGGAAGAGGGAAGAAGAGGAAGCCAGAGAGAGGGAGGAAGAGGAGGCGAGGGAGAAGGAGGAAGAGAGGCGGAGAAAGGAAGAGGAAGAGGAAGAGAGAGAGAGGGAAGAAGAGGAGGCUAAAAGGCAGGAAGAAGAGAGGAAAAGACGGGAAGAGGAAGAGGAAGAGGCAGCGAGGAGGGAGGAAGAAGAACAGAGAAGGCGGGAGGAAGAAGAGGAGGCUAAGAGGCAGGAAGAAAAGAGGAAAAGACGGGAAAAGGAGGAGGAAGAGGCUGCGGCAAGGAGGGAGGAAGAAGAACGUAAAAGGCGGGAAGAAGAAGAGGAGGCUAAGAGGCAGGAAGAGGAGAGGAAGAGACGGGAAGAGGAGGAAGAGGAAACAGCGAGGAGGGAGGAGGAAGAACGAGAAAGGCAGGAAGAAAAAGAGGAGGCUAGAAGGCAGGAAGAAGAGAGGAAGAGACGGGAAGAGGAGGAGGAAGAGGCAGCGGCAAGGAGGGAAGAAGAAGAACGUAAAAGGCGUGAAGAAGAAGAGGAGGCUAAGAGGCAGGAAGAGGAGAGGCAAAGGGAGGAAGAGGAGGAAAUGGCUAGGAGAGAGGAAGAGGAUGAAGAAAGGAGGAGACAACGAGCGGCAGCUAAGAGAGAGGAAGAAGAGAGGCGAAGGGAGGAGGAGGCAGAGAUAGCAAGGAGGGAGGAAGAAGAGAGACAAAGACGGGAAGAAGAAAGGGGAAGGGAAGAGAAGCAAAGGCGAAGGGAGGAAGAGGAGGAACGCGAACGUGAAGAGCAAUGGAGCGAAGAAGAAGAGGCAGCGGAGGAGGAGAGGAGAAGGGAAGAAGCUGAACGAAGAGAAGAAGAGAGAAGAAAGGAGAAAGAGGAAUGA